GUGCGAAGAGCUCGACAUGUCAUUCAGAGGAAUCCGCCACCUGAAACGCAAGGAAGUGAAGGCGACUCAAUUGGGUAUAAAGCAUCAACAUCUGCCCCGAGCAGUGCAAACUGAUGAAAACAUCAGGUCAGAACUCGGGUCGAGCAGUCGCUAUACUUUCCCGAGGAAUAACAAUAAAAAUAUCGCCGUCUUACAGUGACUUACAGUCUUAUCCAGUCAUAAUAUCUCAAUUCAACUGAAUGACAUUACCAACACUAUACUGGAAUUAAACAGUACACCUGCUUGCGCACCUGUUACCUACACGGAGCGCAAGACCAUGAUUCCGCCCGGCGACUGCAUGUACGCGGGCCGGAAAAGAAGGAAACCGGUCCAAAAACAGAAACCGACGUCUGUGAGUGAAAAGACCAACCCGUCGAAGCGCCACCGGGACCGCCUGAAUGCCGAGCUGGACCGCCUGGCCAGCCUGCUGCCCUUCUCCCCAGACAUCAUCUCCAAGCUGGACAAGCUCUCCGUGCUGCGCCUCAGUGUCUCCUACCUGCGGGUCAAGAGCUUCUUCCAAGCUAACCAUGAGAAAGUUCCAAGGAAGCACACCGGCGCAUCCGCCAACUCUGAGCCCAGGAAAGAGAGCCUUCCCCUGGGUAAUAACAUCACAGAGAGUGGCCUCGUCCUGGAGUCUCUGACAGGCUUUGCCCUGGUGGUGAGCAACGAUGGCAUGGUCUUCUACGCCUCCUCCACCAUUGUAGACUAUCUGGGCUUCCAUCAGACUGACGUGAUGCACCAGAACGUGUUUGACUACAUCCACGUGGACGAUCGCCAGGAGUUCAGGCGUCAGCUGCACUGGGCCAUGAACCCCCCGCAGCACAGAGGAGACCCACAGGACCCCCAGAUGGCAGCAGGCACCGGUGAGGACUAUGUGGUGAACAGCCUGUUCCAUUCUCAGGAGGCAGGGGGAGUACCUCCAGAGUUCUCCUCCUUCCUCAACAGGUGCUUCAUCGCCAGGGUUCGCUGCCUGCUGGACAGCACCUCUGGCUUCCUGACCAUGCAGUUCCAAGGGCGGUUGAAGUUCCUGCAGGGCCAGAAGAGGAGAUCUAUGUCAGGGGCCCUGAUGCCCCCCCAGCUGGCUCUGUUCUGCGUGGCAGUGCCUCUUCUGCUGCCCUCCAUCACAGAGGUGAAGAUGAAGACGAUGAUGAUGAGGGGCAAGCACAAGGGGGGGUCCGGGGGAAUCAUGGCACUGGAGCAGGGCGAGCGAGAGGAGCACCUCCAGAGACACUCUGUGGGCGGGGGAGGGAUGGAGGAGGGAGGGGGCGAUGAGCUCCUCCUCUCCUGCUCGACUCCCGGGGGGUCCCAACGCGGCCACCACGCCCCCUGGACCCCCCUCUCCAAAGACAACCUCAAGUACAAGAACGAGGGCUUUUACAGCCAGGAGCAACCCCUCAAUUACUGCAAGUCCUCCGUAGCAGCACACAAAGGCCUCAACCCAGGCCUGGAGAACGGUUGGCCACUCAGGCCCAGCUCGGGAUCCUUACGUGGGGGGCAAGGGGUGGGCUACGUCCCCUCUAACCGGUUGGGGAAGGUGAGCCACUACGGUAAGCCCUACCGGUUGUCCCCGGGGUGUCACGGAGGUGCAAGGGGCGGGGACGUCUAUGUGCCUAAACUGUAUGGGAGUCUCCAGAGCCCGGAGUCGGACGGCGGUUACUGCGUCGAGGUCAUGAAGAACGAGAAUGACUACGGAGGCGGAUGUUACGACUCCCGGUUCAUGCCCACGGAGAUGCCCAUCAAGGUGGAGCAGGACUCGGACUCUGAGAACGGCUGCGACACUUACGGGCGCCCCUGGCCGUGCCACGAGCCCGUGGAUCGUCGCUACGGUAACGCCGGUCAUGAAGGCAGCCUCCAGAUGAAGGCAGAGGCAGACUUCUACGAGCAGUACUCCCCCUGCCAGCGUGCCAAAGCUGGCAUUAGUCCGCAAUUCAACAACGGGCACUACCACAAUAUCUGCAGCAAUGGUGUUGUUAGCGCUGGUGGGCGUCCGUUGAAGUGUGUCCUCAACAAAGAGCACAGCUCCCAGUUCAGCCCCCAGAGACUGUCCCAUCCAGACCCCCUGUGCAGCAGCCAGACCAUCAACCUACUGGAGGCCCAUCUGUACACCGGCGCCCCCUUGGAGUCCCCCCUCCACAAGGCCUACCUGCAGGAGGACUACAAGUCCCAGGACUACAAGCUGAGUUACCAGGAGUUCAAAGGUCACGGACUGGUUCACACCAUCAAGCGGGAGCCAAUGGACUCACCACCCUGGUCUGAUGGGGGCCAUGACAUGUGCGGGAACAUGACAGGACAUGCUCAGCGGAACACUAUGGCCACCUGUGUGAUGAGCGCAGGGCAGCACAAAGCCAACCCUUACGCCUAUAUGCAAUAGAUAGAUACGCAGCUAUGUCCUUGAGAAACACAGGUCCAGUUUCUUAGGAGAAAUCACUGAUCUGACAUCACUGGCUAAGCUGAUGUACAGACAAUGAGCUAUUGUUUCACUCAUCCACUGGUGUUAGAUCAGAGAUUACCUCAAGGAAGGAAGGAAGGAAGGAAGUUGUAAUCAGGGUAGACAGUAUGAACUGUACAAUCAAUCCUUGUUCACCAGCAUUACACCAAUUAAGUUAAAUCCACUAACUACCAAUGUUUUCCAUGGCUGAUAUUGUGUUUUAAUCUGAUACAUUAAUUGAACUAAUGAAUUAAGUGGCCCAUGCAUUAACGAUUACAUGAGGUGCGGUAAUGAGUACAGGCUUGAAGGGACAGGCUGGAGAUUUUAGGCUGAAGAAAACGCUUCUUUUUGUUUAGAAGGUCUUCAGGACAAGACUCAGGUUCAGAGACGUUCAGUGUUGACACAAUCACAGAGCGAGGUGGGAGGGGGGGGGUGGGGGUCAAUCUAUUUUUUGUAAUUUUCUUUAUUGUUGCUGAGCAUAAACUGUAAUUACUAUUCAAAGCACUUUUUGAUAUAGUCAUGAUGAUGCAAACAUUUUCUA